AUGCGGUCGACGGACUGCUUCGAGUCGAAAAAAGAGGAGGGACUUGCAGCGUUACUGCGCGGCGUUCGACCGAAUAUGAUCCGAGCCAUGUUGCUCACGACAGGGCAAAUCGCAGCCUACGACUUGACGAAAUCGACACUUCUAACGAACCAGGUGGUGCUGAUGCAGGACGAUCUUCAGACUCACGUUGUGGCUAGUGUGGUGGCUGGAUUGGUGGCUACGACGGCUUGUGCCCCGGCUGAUGUCGUCAAAACAAGGCUGAUGAAUACGCACGCCCAGGAGUACACAAGUGCCACCGAUUGCUUCCUGCAGGUCAUCAAGCACGAAGGAGUGAGGGGACUGUACAAGGGGUGGCUGCCAGCAUACAUGCGACUCGGGCCCCAGACGCUACUGACGUUCGUGUUUUUAGAACAACUGCGCAAACAUUUGUUGCACGCGUGA